AGAAAAAGAGAAAGAGAAAUAGAAUUAAAAGAACGAAACCUUAAUUCCUGAGUCAUUUGUGAUUGUAUUUAUAGGACCACUUUAACAUACAUAAUACUUCUACAUUAUAUGACUGCUAAUCAUACUAAUUUGCACUAAAUAAUCGAGCUGAAAAAUUUUCUUUUCAGGCCAACGAAUUGGAAGAUAAUUAUUGAAAUAUAUGGACCACCUGGGGAAUUAUAUUUGGCAUUUGGUGGUUUAUCAAAGCCGGAGGAGGGCCCAUGCAAAGUUGUACCCAAAUGUAGGAUGCACAAAAAAUUAAUAUAGGAUGCUAGAAAGGAAAUCCUUGUGCAACUUGCAUAUAUAUCAGAAGUCUAUUUCUGCCCCCCCCCCCAUGGAAAAACACAGUACUUUCACCUUUUUUUUAAAGAAAAGUGGUUAGUAAACUUUCCUUUUUCACAUGACACAUCCAGUUUUCAGAAUUUCUUUUGGAAAAGCCACUUUUUAGUAACUGCAAAACGCAGCAUCAACACUGAACUUAGGUAUGCGUUUGACACUGCGUUAUCUUUACCCCAUACUAUCUUUAACCCCGGACUAUCCUUAUAACCCCAUGCUAUCUUUUUUUGGAUUCACACUGUCUUUCUUAACCCCAUACUAUUUUCUUAGCAGGGGUCAACGCCUUCACCCCGGACUAUCACAUAGCUCAUGAAUACUGAUGAUUUUACCGGGCAGAGUGCGAUUAACGUGCAAUUUUGACUUAUGUGAUUAGCUAAUGCUUUAAUAGCCCCACUUUUCAUUAGCCCAGUUUCGUUCACACUGCAUCUCUAAGCACCGCGAUUGUGCUGCUAGCAUCACAAUAAGCCGGCUAACCCUGCUUUUUUGCAGGGCCAGAUAGUACCGUACUAUUUACCGUGCUAGCCCACUUUGCUAAAACGUAGUGUGAAAACGAAGCGGGCUAAGCUUAACCCCGGGAAAUUGGUGGGGCUAAGACCCCCCUUAGCCCCACCAACUUCCAGGGGUUAAGCAAAAAAAAGUAUAGUGUGAAAAGCAAAUAUGUUUCACAUGGAAAAACGCAGUAUCUACAUUUGCACAAGUUUAGGAUAUUAAGCAUACUAUUUUAUUCUUUCAAAGUCCUCGAAAAAAAUAUUUCUUAAGUAUUCCUUUAUCGUCAAUUGCAGAUUGUGUAUGUGCCUAUUUCAGGCCCCAAGAAACCCCACAAAAGUUGUUGUAUUUUGAGAUAUUGACGUAUUUAGAUUUGAAGCGAAUGCUCAGUUUCCCAGUGGAAAAACGCAGUAUCUACAGAUGAAUAACAUGUUACUUAAAUUCAUAUUUAUCAUAAAUUACUCAGUCGAUAUUGCUUCACUACCAAAAGAAUGUACAUAUGUAAUUAAAGGGAAAAUAAUAGCUUAGAUGCAUGGAGGGCGCCCUUUACCAAGAAGGACGCCCUCUGUGGUAAUUUUACUACAGAGGGCAUGAUUUGUAGAGGGUGCACUGAUCUGUAUUGCCCCCAGAGUUUCUAAGCUAGUAAAUACACAAAAAUCUAAGUACAAACUCAAAAGUUAUAAAAGAUAAACACAGCAACUCGGGAGACUUGUUAAUUGCAUUCUUUACAAGAAUGUUUUGUGUAAUUUUUUAAAACCAUUUUGGGGACUUUAUCACAGAGAGCGCCCUUGUUAGUAGAGCGUGCCAUUCGUGUUUCUAAGCUAUUAUUUUUCCCUUGACUUACACAUUGAUUCGUUAUUUUAUUGUAAUGAAAACUGAAUGGAAUUCUCUUUUCUUCUGUAGAUACUGCGUUUUUCCAUGGGGAAACCGUGCAUUCGGUUUGAAUUUCCCCAAAGUAUCUACAUUUUCUUCAAAAAAAUAGAGGAGGUAUACAGAAGCGAUAAAGAAAAGAACCCCAAAAUGAGGAGGAGGUUAUAUGGAAGAAAGAGGGCAGACAGAGAGAUAAGGAGAGAAUGAAGGGUAAAAGAAGAUAAAGCCACGGGAGAACGACAAAGGAUUAAAGGCUAUGAGGCAGACAAAUACAGAGUAAGAGAGGACAAGGGAAUAAGGGCAAAUUACUUGUAAUAAAGUGGAAAUAUAUAACAUCCAUGCAAGCUGAAAUGUUGACAUUGAGAUUAAAUGAUGACCUUGGACUGAUUUAUAAUAACUUUAUCGAAAAUAGGAGCGAUAAAUGAGGCCUCGUAUCCUAUCUGUUUAUUAUAUCCACAACGUACAAAGGUCAAAAAUUAUAUUCCAAAUUAUCAAUAUUGCUUUGUUGGCCGUUUGUGUGUUCAAGGUCAAUGGUUACUGACACCAAGAUAGCACCUCCCUGUGUUAUACUCUAUGUGGUUUUUUUCUCUUCAGAACUUAUCGUUUCUUAAAUACGUUAGCGCAACUCGUUAGUUUGUAUUUUUCUCUCACUUAACCAAAAAUGGCCGAUUCUGAAGAAGCCCCGGUUAAAAUAAUCGCUUGGGUCUUGCCAAGAACCAUCUCCACGGCUCUAUGCAAGUGUCUGAGUGGCGUUGAAGGAAUCGAGAUUUGGUUUGAACGGUUUACACGAGCGCACUUUAUGAAGAAUGAGUAUGAGAGUCAGACUGGCAAUAAAAUGCCCCUGGAAUAUGAGGGCAGUGAAGAGCAGGUACGGGAGGCUGCCAAGUUGUUUGGACGUCUCAUUGGUACUGACGUAGUCCCCCAAAAAGCGGUAUACGGAGACGUAAAGAAGAACAUUGAACGAUCCACUAGCAAGUAUAUAUUUGCCAAAGAAGGGUAUCUCGCUUUUGAAGACAAGGCAACUCGACCAUACCUACCAUCCGGAUUCAAACACGUGUUCUUCAUUCGGGAUCCUUACAGAUUGUACACUUCCUACAGAAUAGCCAUGUACAAACAUCUCACAAACGUUGGUAUCCGGACGGGGGAUCCCGACGACGAGGAGGCCUUCGACAUGGAAUACGAUGACCCAAUGGCGAAGGCAAACAAUUUUUACAGCGGAACCUUAGAAUUCUUGAAAUACAUUCGUGACAACCUGGACCCCAACCCAAUUGUCAUCAACACAAACGAUCUGUUGGCCAACCCUGCGAAGGUGCUGAAGAAGUUCUGUCACCUGACCGGUCUUCCCUACAGUGAUUCACUACUUCAUUGGGAUGCCUCUCCGGACAUCACCAAGACCUGGAAGACAGCGAGCGACGACAUCAUCAAGUUGUCCAAUGCAUUUUUUGAAACGGCAGUCUUCUCAGACGGGUUCCUCCCGCUAAAACCAACGGUUCAAGUAGAAAAGAUGCCACGGGAUGUUAUCAGACUAUCCAAGCAAGCUAUGCCCUAUUACGAAGAACUGAACAAGAUGAAAAUAUGAAUACAAAAUCUGAAACAUUAAUUAACAAAUGAAAGGGUGAAAGAAAUUAUUUUCUUUAGAUAAAACCCAUUCGAAAGAAUUGAGCAAUAUUGAAUGCACAUAAUGUUUAAAAUGAGAAGACCUACAAAAACAAUGAAAAGGAUGAGUUUUUUCGGUGGAAAAAAUCACACAAGUUAUAAUUUAAAUUACUCUCAAAUUACUCUCAAGUAUAAGUUGAAUGAUAUGCAGUUGUCCCCGUGUAGACUUAUAAGCCACAAUAGUUAAAAUGACAUUCAAAUAGCAUGAAUAAAAAAGUUCUGUGUACACUUUGUCACUAUGAUGUUUGGGCAAUAUUUAAUUGACAGUGCAUGUCUGUUUUAGUGUGUUCAGGAAAAAUAGCUAGGUCAGUAAUAAAACAUUUGCCGCCCUUCUCUCGCUCUUUAUAUGCAAUGCAUGCUAUAUGGAACUGGCAAUGCUACUAAUAAAUGACAAGUCAACCCCGAAAAAAAUAAUAUUUGAAUAAAAAGAGAAAAAUAAAAAAAGCGUAACACUGAAAAUUUCAUCAAAAUCGGAUGUAAAAUAAGAAAGUUGUGACAUUUUUAGGUUUCGCUGAAUUUCAGAACACAGUUCUAUGCAUAUCCUAGUCAGAAUGCAAAUGAGGCGACUGAUGACAUCACUUACUCACUAUUUCUUUUGUAUUUUAUUAUUUGAAAUAUGAAAUAUUUUCAUUUUCACCCUUUGUCCUGUGAAACAAAGUUUAAUUCCUCCCUGAACAUGUGGCAUUACCAUUGUUAUAGCAUGUAUGGUUCGGUUAAGUUGGUUCUCAAUGUCAAAUUGGUAAAAAUAGAAAUAUUGUAUUAUUCAGACAAUAAAAAAAAAUAAAAAGUGAGUGAUGGACGUCAUCGAAUCUCUCAUUUGCAUGACACUGAGUUGUGCAUAUAACUGUUUUGUGAAAAAUGAGCGAAACUUUAAAAUGUCACAACUUUAUUUUUUACAACCAAUUUUGGUCAAAUUUUCAGCAUUAUGCUUGUUUUAUUUUUUUCUGUUUACUCAAAUCAAUAUUUGCUGGGGUGGACUUGACGUUUAAAGACAUUCGCAAAAUUACAAAGGUCUUAUCUUGAAAUAAUCCUGAACUUCGAUGUGUAUUCAUAGGAAUUUAAAAAAAUACCAAGGAUUAUAUCGAAUUUUUGAGACACUUUCAAGACAAAUGUAUUUUUUACUAAGAAGAAAAAAAAAACCCAACGUAAUUUGGCUUAUCUGCUGGUGACUUUUUUGUAACAUAUGGCAUGUAUGGUAUCCUAUACAUGUAUUUGAAAUAAAAAUUUAGAUGACUCUUCCGGUCAGAGUUCAUUUUUUCUUAUUUUUUGAAGCAUUAAAUCAUGAUUAUCGGGUACAUUUUUUCCGGGGCUUCAUUUCAAAAUGCAUCACAGACAUGAGACACAAUUCUAAAAAUUCGGACACCAGAUUGUUUAACAUGUUUUAAUGUCCCCUCAACUUAAUGUUAACUUUUAAAAAUGGGAUUUAACAAACAGAAUGAGAAUGGAUGGUUUUUCGCAUGGUGUACGUAGUACAAAGACAUUUUCGAUAUCAACUUACUUAGUAGAAAUAGAACCGUAUUUAGUUUAUUACAACUCCAAUUUCAUAUCCGUCCUUUGUUAUAAAUGUAAUCUGAUUUUUAUGAUGUAUUUGUCUUGAAUCAUGUAAUAUAUUGUUUUCCUACUUUCAUAUUCUUUUGUAAAAAGCGAAAAGAGAUUCGCAACUCACCAUUUCCCUUCUCUGUCCUAUCCAUCCCAUUCAUACCCAAAUGUAUUAUUAUUUGAUAUUCUACUUUUUAACCUCUGUGUGUUUGUGAAUAAGGGGAUAUCUCUUCACAAUAUCUGCUUCUGAUUUCAUAUAUACAUUCACUUGUUGCUGAUAACUAUAUCAUAUGGCCUAUUAUGUAUGCCUGCGAUCACAUUGACCAGUUUUUUUUUACUGAAAGAAAAAGAGAAAGAGAAAUAGAAUUAAAAGAACGAAACCUU